UCCGCGAGUAGCGUCGUUUCCGUUGCUGGCUAAAACAUGUUUAUUUCUUUGUGGGAUUUCUUCUACGGAAACUUUUUCCGAUACUGGAUGAAAUGGAUCUUACGACAGAUGACUGGGAAGUGUGAAUUGCAACGGAUUUUUGAUACCUAUGUAGGUGCACAAAGGACAUACAGGAUAGAACAUUCCUUAACAUACUCGAAGAAUAAGGUCUUGCAGGAGGCUACCCGGGUCGUGCAGAGUGAAAUCGACAAGUGUGUGGAAGACAUCAUGAAGGAGAAGAACAUCGUCUCUGAGAAGGAUGUCAGUUUUAAAAUCUGUAUGAAGGCCUGCUUGCUGCAGAUAUCUGGCUAUAAACAGCUGUAUGUGGAUGUUGAAAAUGAAAGAAAAAAGCCCUACGAUUCUGAUAACAUGCACCAUGAAAAGCUACUCCUCAAGCUUUGGAAUCUCUUAAUGCCCAAGAACAAGCUGAAGGCUAGAAUCUCCAAGCAAUGGGGCGACAUUGGUUUCCAGGGUGAUGAUCCCAAGACAGACUUCAGAGGCAUGGGCAUACUUGGAUUAAUCAAUCUUGUGUAUUUCAGUGAAAAUUAUACCACUGCAGCACAUCAGAUUCUUUCCCGCUCAAAUCACCCAAAAUUAGGGUAUUCUUAUGCAAUAGUUGGAAUCAAUCUUACAGAGAUGGCUUACAGCUUACUGAAGAGUGAAGCUUUGAAGUUUUAUCUCUACAACUUUGUUUCCGGAAUACCAACAAUGGAACACUUUCAUCAGUUUUAUUGCUACCUUGUCUAUGAAUUCGACAAGUUUUGGUUUGAAGAAAAGCCAGAAAGUAUAAUGUAUUUCAACCAAUACAGAGAGAAGUUUCAUGAAAAGAUUAAAAGACUUUUACUAGACUCUAACGUAGCACUCACUUUAAAGAUGUAAACCAUCCAUAGUACUUCUAUUUCUACCACCACAUUUUGCACUCCCAAUAGAAUUUAUAUGUUGUAAUAAAAAUGAUCUGAACCAGUUACACACCUUAUAUAUAAUUUCGUACAAAAAAAUGUUUCAGAAAUUCUAUUUACAAAAGCUAGUGGACAAUCAGUGUAUGUUUACAGUUGCUUAUACACUGUUCUCCAAAGGUACCUUGCCCUUCCAAAGAUCCCUCGGUAGCUCUAUGUGAGCUCCAGUCGGGAACUUGGGACUUAGCCCGCCCAUUUCAUCUAAGCGCUAAAUCAGGUAUUUGUAUUGUAAUCACCAGAGGCAAAGUGGUCUUCAUUCUUCUGUGGUGUAAGUGGCCAACAAGUUGGCAUUUUUUGAGGGCCCUUCUAAGGGGACUGUUCUGGUGUUGGGAAAUGGCUUAUGUUCUGCAUCUUGUUAGGAGUCAUCUCUGUAUCUGCCACGCGUAUUAGUGUUGCUUCCUCAUGAGUAGCAGCAAGAGUAGAGAUACAUCAGAGGAUUAAAGACAAUGUCCUCCUUUUUUGGUACGCCGUGAUUAUUAGUAUGAGAAAUAACGGAGCAAUGGCAGUAUUGGUGACUUAUCUUUUUCUUUAAAUGCCAGCUUUAAAAUAUGACAGUGUUAUUGUGAAGCGUAAAGACAUUUUCUCAUCCUAAAGUAUUUGGGUUUUCAUCAGUGAUAGGGGGAAACCUUCCUGAUUGCUUGGAGUAAGGGCCAUUUUAUGAAGGUGCUUCACCUCUAUGUAUUUUUGAAGAGAGAUGUGUUUGCUAAGAAAAUCCAGUCUUUGUAGUCAGCGGACAGUUUCUAUUUCAAUAAAGUUGUUCUUAAGGAAUUAAGAGGACAACUUAAAACUUGGGGGGAAAAACCCCAAACUCAGUGAAACAGCAUGGGGUUAUUUGACUUCGUGAGGACUCCUUGUUUGGACCCCAUGGUUUUGAUGUGUGGAUUGUCUGGGUACCCCUUGAGAAGUAGCCUGAGAAUGACGACUGCAUUUCGUAUGGCUUUAUUCUCCUAAAAUCUCAGGAGGACAGCAGAGGCUGUCAGGGAUUGGCUAGUGACGAUAUGCUAGUGGGGAAGCGUGCUUUAGACAUUUGUACUCAGCAAAAACAGCUAAGCCUUUGAGGAAAGAGAUGCUCAUCAGAUUGCUCAAUCCUCCAAUCCUUCAGAACAAACUAUGAAAGACGACCUUUAAUCUAAGACAUGUUACUGACCACCUCUUUGAACCUUGUCAGUUAGCAAGUGUUGAAGGUCUGGCUCUUGAAUUCGGUAAAGCACCAAUGGAAACUUUCAGUUCAUUGGCAAACCUAAUACUUGCCCAGAGGAGAGUGGUAAGAAACACCCGAGCGGAAAGUAACUGAAGCCACACUGGCCAGUUCAAGGAUGCAAAGUCCGUGCAUUAGAACGGUUAUUUUGUAAACAAUUGAAAAUGAUUCUUAGAAUUGGCUUCAUUUUAUUAUUAUCAUAGUGAUGAUUCUUGAAGGGGCUUCUGAACCUUAGAAGCAUGGUAACUUUCAUGUGUUCAUGUUUCACUCGUGUUCUGUGAUACGUAGCAGACUCCUAACAAGGAUCAGGUGUUAACCAUUACAUCAGGUGCGAACUAUCACAUGGUAAGCCGUUUCCUCGGUCUUUUAAUCUUUGUGUUAAAAAUGUUUAUGCUCUAAUCUUUCAACAGCUGAGAUCUUGAACUGCUCUUUAAACCCUUGUCUGUGUCCUUACCACAAGAGUCAUUGGAUUAUGAAAGGGGAAACCUUUUAUGGAAUUAGCUUAUUCUCCUUUUAGGAAGAAAAACAAAACUUUAUUGUUAACUUUAAACCGUCAUUAUAAGGUUUGUUUAAUGAUAUGUUCUUUAAAUCCAACUCUGUGCAUUAUGGAUAUGAUUCUGUUUUUAUUUGAAAAUCAUAGCCCUUUCAAAGAGCUCUACAGUGAAUUGAUCUACAUGCCAUCAGUAAAUUCUAAAAUUGGAUCAUUUGGAAGCCAAGCUAAAUGUCACUAUUGGAAAUUAGAAUGUGAAAUCAGCCUUCCGAUUUGUAUGUGACAAUGACAUUUGUGAGAAGACAACUAUAAUAAUAAUGUCUGCCUUCCCCUUGCCCUUUCAUGUGUGUGUUAAAAUUUUAUGUAGUUUCAAAUUUACAUUUUAAAUGUUAUCUUUUUAAUGUAAUAAUAAAAUGCCAAAGUAGUAAUAGGGUAUUAUGAUAUUGUAGUAGCAGGAAAAUGAUGUGCUUCUAGCAUCAAAAAGUGACUCAAUGUAAAAAUGAAUUUUUGUGUGGUAGGGCAGAGAAAGUUUGCCAGUGACAAGACUAGUCUAGGAAUGUUAUCACAAGGGGUAGAGUUCUGAUUUGUUCUGAAGGACAAUCUGUCAAGAAUUUAAAGAAAUCGGGGUAUCAGUGAACCUUAAGCAGCCUCUUGUUUGCAUAUAAAACAUGGUGAGAUGACGAAUUUAUCCGUCUUCCCGGCAUCAUUUACAUUUUAGAAAACCGAGUCUUUUUUUGCAGAAUGCCCAGCCUGGUUUUUCCUUUCGUUCUUUGUUCUAUUUUAAGAGCUACUUGGAUUCGUAUGUAUUUUUCUAUGUGAAAAUGUGUGUAUUCUUUUUAUUUAUACCAGUGUUCGCAAUUGUUCGUGUUCUCUCCCCUCUGCAAGCACUCAGUAAAUCAGGACUUGGUGAAAGACUUGCUUCAAGGAGAAGCGUCACGUGUGUGGGGGGGAAGAGUGGACCGCUCGUGGCCCGAGUGGAAAAGAUUCCAUUGCUGUUGGGACACAGGAGAGGGGGUGUGGCUUGGAGGGCAAUGUUUGAUCUUCUGUCUUGAAAUCAUGGUUGGGGACCAGCAGCUGUUUUCUCAGGAUCAAUGCUCCACUCCACUUUUCUGUGAACCAGUCUAGGGAGGCUUAAUUUCCAUGUUUAUGGGUCUCCCGGUGCAAACUAUUUUCAAACGAAGAUUAUUAGGAUUGUUAAAAUCUAAGAGAAUCAUGUCUUGGAUGUAUUUUCUCCUGGCUCCAGCUUUGGAUGAAAAAUAUUUUUAUUGCGCAGGUAAGACGACUACGUUAUAAGGCAAUUUUACAUUCUUGUUGAAGGAUUUAAGAAGUAGCUUUCCCAGGGUGGCCAAGUGUCUGUUGGCAACUUACAGAGAGUGACUUUUGACCUUCACUAAGAUGGUUGACGUCUUGUAUGAAAGCAGUGGUGUGAAAUGUGAUGUCAUUUUGUUCAGAAUCUCAUAUGAGCAAAUAAAAACAUGUUGAACUUGU